UAUGGUGAGAGAGGAAGGGAGCAGAGGAGGAAGAGUGAGGAAGGGCCUGCACAAAAGAAAUGAUGCGUGUGGGGUCCCCUGGAAGAGCGAGAGAGUGGCAGGGACAACUGAAAGGGAGGGAGGUUCGUCUCUUCCUCUGGCUGAGGAACCUUUUUCGGCCCUCUCUCUUGUCUACAAGGCUCUAAAACCCUUCCAGUUCCUCGUGAUAAUUCCUCAAAUCUUUUCCUUUUUCGUCAUCGUUAACGAAUAUAAGGAUCCAAACAGAAAGAUCUUACUGCUGCCGGCGUCGAAUUCCUAUUCGAACGCCUUGUACCAGCUGCUCUGUUUUCUCCGCUUCAAUCAGUCCAACUACGCCUCCGCUGUCCCUGCCCUGUUCUUCAUUUCUUGCUGAAGUUGCUACAGCACGAGUAGCUCCUGAACAAAAGCGUGGGCUUGUGAUUACUUUUUGGGUUCGCCCAUUGUUCGAGGUUGGUGUGGUGGUGGUGAUGCUGCUUUGAUCGCUGUUUCUUGGGUUGCUUAAUCGCUUCUUUUUCUUUUAGUGAUCGCCUUUUCCCAAGAUUGCAUUUUUAUUUGUCGGCGAGCUUUUACCUUGUCUUCAAGGCAGCAGAGGCUGCAGAGCAGCCGAGCAGGGCGGCAGCCAGUGCCGUUGUGAACAAGAAAUUCCUCGGGUUCCACGCGCCCCUUUCGCGUUUUGGCCCUUUCUUUCCUUUCCGCUGGUUUUCUGGUGGGAGUCUGGGGGUUGGGGAUUUUGCGUUUGGGUUUGGGUUUAUGACGGCAUCUCGCCUAAUUCCCCCCUUCCAUUCGUGAUCUUUGAUUGAGGUUUCCCGAUUUGAUCCACCAAGCUGGAAUCUUUGAUUGGUCUUGGGAGAGAAGUUGUGAUCUUUCUGUGAAGUGUUUGUUGGAUCGAUCGAUGGCGUCGUCGUGCAUCCCGGCUGGCCUUCGGCUGGACCUCGAGAUGGUCAAGGCGGCGGCGGCGGGUGCAGCGCCGCCGCGGCCGGCGCACUUGGUGGCGUCCUCGACGCUCUCGGAGGCGUCGAACGCGUCCUCGUCGUCGUCGACGUCGUCGGUGGCGUCGCUGUCGCUGAAGCGGGCGCGCACGCCGCGGAAGCGGCCCAACCAGACGUCCAAUGUGGCGGCGGCGCUGCUCGCGUCCAUGUACCCCUCCGUCUUCACCGUCACGAAGGGCCCCGAGACGGCGCCGCCCCGGCUCCUCGGCCUCGCCUCCGCCCUCGCCGACAACCCCACCUGCUCCGACCUCCUCCCGCCGUUCCCCGUCCUCGGCCACGCCGCGUUCCUCCUCCGCGACUCGCCGCAGGCGCAGCCGCCGCCGACGCCGCGAAGCCCCGUUUCCACCAAGAGCUGCCCGUCGCCGGCGGCCGUGAGCAGCGUGUUUAACGAGUUCCGCGACCAGGCGCCAUUCCCCUCAACCCCCUACGCCGCGGCCGCCGACGAGCCCGGGGAGCUCGACUUCGAUGAUGACGACAGCUUCGACGCCGGCUCCAUUCUCGGUGUCGACGGGGGCGCGGCCGAGGGCAUCGAUGCCAUCAUGGGCAAGCUCACCAUGGAGAGCAAAGUGGCAACCGCGGCCAGCAUCAACUCUGGCCUAGCCAGUUCCAGCAGCUUACACCCUUACCUCCGAAGCCUCAUGGUGCUCGGGCUCGGGUUCCGGCACGAUCAGGGCAACAUCAACCAAGCACUGAAGCGGCAUAACGUCGAUCCCGAGUGGUGGAUGUGCCCUGCCAUACCAGUGAAAGACAUUACCCCGGCACCACCACCAUCUGUGGCAAUGCCGGCGCUCUCAGAGAAGAAAAAGAGUAAGAAGAAGGUGGCGGCAAGGGAGAAGGACGUGGCUGUUGGGCAGUGCAAGAAAGAUGAGGAGGGGAUUCCUGACUCUGCCAAUGGUGAUGCCGGAAUUUUAGCACUGCCAGUGACGGGAUUGGGGCUGAGAUUGAACACAGAGGAGGUGCUCAAGGCGUGGUGUGGCAGAGGCUCUGUGUUCUCUGACGGCAAUGAUCCUGACUUGCCGCGGUCCUCUGCUGAUGUGCUAUUUAUUGGAACCAUUUUAAUCAGUGAUAGAUAGCUAAUCCCAAUGUUGCAACAAUGGUCCAUUAGAUACCUUAAGGCAUGUAUGCAUGCCCAGUUCCGUUUUGAAGAGUGGUUGGGCUUGAAUUGGUGGUCUUGGGGUCACAGGCAGAGGUACCGCAACGCACUCUAGCCAACUUGACCUUUCUGCAAAUUUCCCUAGCAAAUGGCAAAAAUAUUUCAGCUGUUGUAUUUUCGGGAAAUACAUGACUUCAGGUUUUAUCGAGCUGCCUUCUAGUUUCUAGGAGCACCAAAUAUCUCAGGUUAAUGAUCAACUGCUUUAGAUUUACCUUAAACUGUCCAUUUUUGGAUGAUUCUUGUACUGCCAAAUGGUAUAUGACUCUAGUGUUGUUCCAUAUAAUUAUUAGGGAAAAUUGCAAAAGCCCCAUUUGCAUGACAGGGGGGUUUUCAUUUACCCACCUACAAGAAUUUUUAGUUUAGUCUUACACUUGCAAAUUUAAAGUGUUUUCAGAUACCCGCUUGGAUCCAUAUGUCGCUUUGACUGUCACACGCGUGCGCCACAUGACCGCGGGUCUUGUUGCGUGGCCUCCGUUGGCUCAUCCAGCGUGGCGGUCGUGCGGAUUGGCUCAUCUCCAUAGCUCUCGGCGAUCAGCCCGAGCUGACCCGAUCAGCGCGAUCAGAUCCUCUGCGCUGGGUUGAUGAUCGGCAUUGGCCAGUUCAGCGCUUGGCAAAUGAUCGACGCUGGGCAAAGUGGCGUUGGGGCGAUGAGGUCGGGAGUUGGGAG